GUCUUUACUAACCGCGUUAAAGUACUGACAUCCUCAAGAAUGUAAUACUAAUAGCACAGGGACUCAACUGUUUCCCUGAAUUUUCAGCUGAAAUGUGCAAUUUGAAAUCCACACAAAACUUGCAGUUGCCUUUUGUGUGUCAUGAAAUUUUAACUGUCCUACAUUUUUUUUUCUUACAAUAGCUCUUCAAAUCUUCGAUUUAAAAAAAAUGGCCUCCAAUAAAACUACAUUGCAAAAAAUGGGAAAGAAACAGAAUGGAAAGAGUAAAAAAGUUGAAGAGGCAGAGCCUGAAGAAUUUGUGGUAGAGAAGGUGCUGGACCGGCGUGUAGUGAACGGGAAGGUGGAGUACUUCCUCAAGUGGAAGGGGUUCACCGAUGCUGAUAAUACUUGGGAACCAGAAGAAAAUUUAGAUUGUCCAGAAUUAAUUGAAGCAUUUCUUAAUUCUCAAAAAGCUGGUAAAGAAAAAGAUGGUACAAAAAGGAAAUCUUUAUCUGACAGUGAAUCUGAUGAUAGCAAAUCAAAGAAGAAAAGAGACGCUGCCGACAAACCAAGGGGCUUUGCCAGAGGUCUUGAUCCUGAACGAAUAAUUGGUGCCACAGACAGCAGUGGAGAAUUAAUGUUUCUCAUGAAAUGGAAGGACUCGGAUGAGGCUGACUUGGUGCUGGCAAAGGAGGCGAAUAUGAAGUGUCCUCAGAUUGUCAUCGCCUUCUAUGAGGAGAGGCUGACUUGGCAUUCUUGUCCCGAAGAUGAAGCACAAUAAUCGUUUGCAUUUUUAUAUAUAUUUAUAUAUAUAUAAAAUCUGGAUCUUGGGUUUUGAAUUACUAGUGUGAAAAACAUAGCGUUCUAAUGAAAAAGGAGUUUGCUAUGCUGGUUUUGAAAGUAUUGACAGUGGUUGGGAUAUUUUUGGGUUUUGUUUUGCAUCACAAGGCACUGAUUCCAUUGAGCAGAUAAGAGCUUUCUGUAGUUGCUUCCUUUAACAGUAGAGUGUUGGAUACCGUGUUGUAUCUCCGUGGCUUUGAGAAACAGCUUCUCUUAAAUGCUGGGGAGAAAUUACAGUCAUUACUCAAUCAGAACUUAUUUUUAACUGGGACACAGAAGGACCAUUCGGGGGUUUUUCGUUUGUAUGCGUGUGUGUGCAUAAAACACAUAACUGUUUUUGG